GUGACAGUGUUACAGAAAUCACAGUGAAAUUAAUCUUCAACAAUGAAUAAAGUGCUAAAAGUGAAUGUUGGGUAUUUCUGUUUGAGGUGUAGCGCCAACCUUUUACAUGAAACCAUAAUCUGUUCUAAACAGCACACGUGUGUCAGACAGCUUUGACGGUCUCACACUCACACCUACAUGUUCCUACACGGCGCUCUUUGAGCAGCAGUGAAGUGCCGCCUUUCGCUCAGGUCUGAUAAUUGUCAUUCUUAUUAGGCAGCUGAGCCGUUCCCAACUUGCCUUUCCUCUUCAGAAACCAAAAGGAACAGAAACCUGUCACUGCAUUCCAUUAGACUUGUUUGUGUAGAUACUGUCUCAAAUGGAGAAAAUGGAUGAAUAUGAAUACAACAGCACAGACCUCAACUACACCGACUAUGAAAUCGUGGAACCCUGUUCAAUGGACCGCAAUCAUGACAUGGAAAACCUCCUCCAGUUUUUUGUUCACCCCAUCAUUUGUUUUGCUGGUUUCAUUGGCAACGCCCUCGUAAUUGUGACGUACGCUCUCUACAAGCGAACCAAGUCCAUGACUGACGUGUACUUACUGAACGUGGCCAUCGCUGACAUCCUGUUUGUGGUGGCCUUGCCUUUGAUAAUCUACAGCGAGCAGCACGGGUGGUCCAUGGGGAACUUGUCUUGCAAGUUGUUGCGUGGCAUCUACAGCGUGAACCUCUACAGUGGCAUGCUGCUCCUGGCUUGCAUUAGUGGAGAUCGCUACCUUGCCAUCGUACAGGCCCGCCGGUCCUACCGGCUGCGUUCAAGCACUCUGCUUUACAGCCACCUGAUCUGUGCAGCCGUCUGGUUGUUGGCCUUGCUGCUGUCACUGCCCACCUUCAUGUUUUAUGAGCGCUACCAACCCAGCCCAUUGGAAUCCAGCAUUUUAAGCAGUAACGAACAGGAAUAUGUGUGCUUUUUCAUGUUUAAGUCAAACAAAACUGCACGUGUGAUGAAAACUGUGGUGCCCAGCUCUCAGAUUGCAUUGGGUUUCUUCUUACCUCUGCUGAUCAUGGGAUUCUGUUACGCCAGUGUCAUUGUUACCCUCCUUCGGGCCAAGAACUUUCAGAGACACAAGGCAGUGCGUGUGGUCCUCACUGUGGUCCUUGUGUUUGUAGUCUGCCAUAUGCCUUAUAAUAUGGCGCUGUUGUAUUAUACCAUCAACAUCUUUGAACUUCAGGAAUGCAGCCAUGAGGACUCUCUUGCGCUGACCAUGACCAUCACGAAAAGCUUGGCGUAUCUGCACGCUUGUCUCAAUCCCCUGCUGUAUGCCUUCAUUGGAGUGAAUUUCAGAAACCAUUUCCGGAAGAUCCUACGGGACAUCUGGUGCGUGGGGAAGAACUACAUGUCAGCGAGACGCUCCUCGCGGGCCACCACUGAAAUGUACAUUUCCACUCGCCGCUCUAUGGAUGGCUCGUACAAUGACAAUGGCACUUCGUUUACCAUGUGAUAAUGCGCUAAUUAAGGGCAAAGUGCCCAGCAUUGUGACUGACAGACUGAUUAGCACUGAUCAAAAUGGAAAUUCAGGCAUCAGUUAUUCACCUUAAUGUUGUUCCAAACCUGUAUGACACUGUCUUUUGUGUCCCACAAAAGAAAGAAAGUCAUACUUAUUUUUUGUAAGGUUUUUUUUUUUUUUUUUUUUUUUUUUUUGACUGGGACAACAUGAGGUUGAGUAAAUGAUGGAUAAAAUCUUUUUUUUUUUUUUUUAAGAAAUUAUUCCAGUUACAAAUCAUAAAGGGAGAUGGUCAUUCCUUUUGUCUAUGUGUUAAAACAGCAGAGUGUAAAAAGCCUUCUUUAUAUCAAUGAAUUUUGUAAUUGACAUGCUCCAUAUGUAGUACUAAUGCAGAUUGUUUUUAUUUUUCUAUAUGUACUAUUUACCUUUUGUACAUAGAAUCUUUAACAUUUCCUAAUGUAUCUGAGAUAUAAACACUGUAAGUUUUAUCUUAAUAAAUUAGGCAAAAUACUGCAACACAAUAACUAAAAACUCAAGGGUAACAUCCUGAAAUGAGAUCCAGUAAUGAGAACCAGUGCACCAACUGAGACUCACCAACUUUUUUUUUUCUUUUUUUUUUUAAAUAACCUUUUAGGUUAUUUUUAUUUUUUUAUUAUUAUUAUUAACCUUGUAUGUGUUUGUGCUGCAAUAAUGCAUGCCUAAUUUAUUUCUCAUCUGGUUAAAUUUUUUGUUGUUGUUUUUUCAUAAGUUUAAAAAAAUCCUUUAAAAAUAAUCACAAGUUUUGAAUGAUAUUGAAAGUCUUGCACAUGCCAUGACCUUUGAAACAUUAUCUUAUCUUUGACCUGUAUACAGGUUCUCAAACCCUUUUGCAGAACAGUCCUCUAGAAAUACUAGUUCCUUCCCCCAAACAGUUGUCUUUUACAUAUCUGAUAAUUACUGACAGAAUCGUUUUACUGCUAUAGCUUUAAAAAAAAAAAAAAAAAAUCAUUUGAUUAAAUAGGACAUUUUUUCAUUAUGUGUAAGUUUCACAGAAUUGACCUACAUUAGUUAUAGCUUGCUUAAGUAAGAACUUCUCCAUUACUGAAGCAAACACAGAACAAUGUACUUCUAUUUGUUUUGUCACUGCCAUAUCUCACUUCUACAGUCUGUAAUUCUAGAACUGGAUAUACAGUGGAAUGAACACAAAAUGCAAUGAAGAACUCAUCAGACUAAAUGAAUGAUAGGCACAUUUAGAAAGUAUUAGAAAGCUUCGUUUUUUUUAAGAAAAAAAAAAGUUAAUGUCCAGUGUUGUUUUGGACCCCACUGACUUGCUCUGUAUGGAUACAAUAUUCAAAACAUUUUUCGAAAUAUCUUCUGUUUUUCACAGAAAAUAAUUUGUUUGCAACGAAAUGAUGGUCAUAUCAUAUUUGGGAGAACUAUUAAGUUAAAAAGGAUUAUGUGAUUCACAAAAUGCUUUUUGUUUAACGCUGUCCAUGUUAAAAUUGGCUGAAGAAAUUGAGGUGAGUGCUGAGGACUCAGUAAAAGCAUCCUCUGUUGCCCCCUAUUGAUAUUAAAGAGCAUGAGAGCACAGUGUCAAGAGAAUUACUUUUAAAUUAUUUUUUAUACUUGAUGCUCCAUACCAACAAACUAUAAAAUUAAACAGAAAAGAAAGACAAACAUUAACAUAUUUUCAAGUAAGCUAUUAUUUCAUUAAAACAUCGGGGACAAUCCUAUCGUGUACAUAUCUGUUAACAUAACCAACAAAAACAUCUUUAUUCUCUGAGAUUUCAUAUUUGUUGGUAAGGGACUGGCUUGAGAAAGAAAUUACAAAACGAUACAAAGAAAUUACUGGGGUUAAUAUACCACAUUCUAACAAUCUACUGUCAUAAUGCUGGCUAAGUGUCUUCUGUCUAUAUGUUUAUGGGCUACCCGGUAAAUUAUGUUUAGGCUACUCGGUGAAUCACUUACAUUUACAGUACAAAGGUAUCACGAAUGAAGUAGCCUAAAUAAAAUAACCUGUGAUACGAUUGAAACGGUUCAGAUUAAUAACUUGGCUUUGCUAAAAUACGACUGCUUCUGGUUCGAAAGCAUUUUUUUUUUUUUUUAGUAGGCUAGGUAAUAGAUUGAAUCAUUCACUUGUCUUUAAUGGAAUGAAGAACACGCGCUGUAGCAUCAUUUGAGCGUUCGCUGGAUAGUGAACCGAACUUGACUACUCUGGAAUGCAAAUGGAAUGGAAUGCUAUUGCUUUUGGAAUACUAUUAUGACGUCGCAAUAGUGACAUCACUUGAUGUAGAACAAGCAAACGCAUGAAAAUGUAUAAAAAGCGAGCAGCUGGACAAAAUGGAUUGAACUAUGCCUAUUGAGUAUACACGAAUCAGAUGAGUAAACAAAUUCUUUCUUUCUUUCUUUCUUUCUUUCUUAUUUUUUUUUUAUUUCUCUCUGUUCAAGUUUUAGUUAGUUUUUUUUUCCCGUAUAUUUAGCUACCUUAUUUCUCUCUCUUCUAUUAAAUGUCCCAUUAACAAGUUAAUUCUCUUUGCUUAGUUUCGCAUUUUCUGCAUUUACUUCAUAAUUUACAGGUUUUAAGAUAGCCUUCCCAAUUUUCAUUAUUUUCUUUGCAUUCCCAAAUUUAGCUUUAUCAUGUUUGCUUAUUGGUUGAUGUGAUUCAGAUGUGCGCUGAAUAUUUGCUUAUUGUGUAUUUCCACGUUUAUUGUCUUUCUUUCCCCCUAAAUUCGAGGUUACGGGUUUACGUUUGAAUUUAGGCCUACGUGUUGAUUUUUUUCUCCUUUUCCCCCAAGAUCAAUGCUAUGUUUUCUUUCUAUAUUUCUGGGUUGUUUCCUAAAAUUCAAGUUGGGAGAGAUAAGGCAGGAUCAAGGUUCUGCUUUAGGUUGUCUUGCUGAAAGGUUUUCUUGUUGUAGUCAAAGCUGAAAUUAAGUUAUUGUCAUUGCAUCAAAUGGUUAUUAUGUGGUCAGUUUUAUUAGUUGUAUUUAGACAGUGUUUUAAUGAGGACAAUGUGAUUACUGGCAGAAAUUAGGUAAUAGUUUCUUUGUAAAUUUCAAUUCAAGGUUCCAUUCAAGUUCAAGGUUAUAGUUUGAAUCUCCCUCUGCUGGAUAGGCUGUGUAACUACACUCAUGCGUUGGAGGGAUGCAGUACGCCUCUAUGAACAAAAGUAUAAGCAGUUGCUUAAAAUAAAAUAAUAAUAAAAAAAAAACUUUGUACUUAAAAAAAAAAAAAUAUCAUCAUUGAUGGUCAAAUCAGCGGUUUAUACCAUAUAAGAUUACCGUAGUAUGGUUUGUGAGAACAUGAAUAUGGAUGUUCACCAGUUCUUUUUUUUUUAGUAGGCUAAUCUUUACAUGCAGUUCACAAACAGCUGUCUAAGCAUCUGACAUAACUGCACUUGUUGGAACCUACCCUUAUAAAAUAACCAUAAUACCACAUAUACUACCAAAAUACCAGUUAAGUAGUUAAUUAAUUAAUACAGUUAUUGUUAAUACUGGAAAAUAAAAUAAAACAGCUUAACCUAAAAUGUGGUGUUGUUCAAACAGUAAAAAAAAAAAAAAAAACUUUUAGAUUAUUGUUAUUUGUUUUCAUUUAUUUAUUUAGACAUGAUGACUAAUAGCGAAUUUUAUAAUACCGAACAACAGUUUUAUUGUGGUCACAAUAACUGCAGUAUCUAUGGUAUUUUGAACAAUUUGAUGUAACCAGGCCUACAUCUUGUCA